UCAGAACUGGAACGAUGGAGGUGGAUACAGUUGCUUGCUGGCUACCCGCUGCUCCCACCUGAGCCGCCAGAGGGAGACUACCUGCUGCUCCUGCCUUCGCGGCCAGAGAGAGACUACCUGCAGUUCCCACCACCACCACCAGAGGUGCUGAAGCUACCUCGAGGAUAUGCUCCCACCAUCACCUCCCAAGGAUCAACUGCCUGAGCCUGCAAAGCCUGCAUCGCCUAGGGCUGCCGAGCCUGGGGAGGCCUGCUUGCCAUCGCCUGGGGAGGCCUGCUCGCCAUCGCCUGGGGAGGCCUGCACAACACCGCCUGGGGAUGCCUGCUUGCCGGAAAUUCUGGGGCCGGAGCCCAGGAAAUGGGAACUGCCAGCUACAGGGAAGGGGGGAGAGGUGAGGAGACCACCUCCACCAGCAGCAGUUGUGAUGCUGGAAAUUCUGGGGCUGGGGCCCAAGAAAAGGGAACCGUCGGCUUCAGAGAAUGUGGAAGAGGUGAGGAGCCCACCUCCACCCUCAGUAGUUGCACUGCCAUAGUACGCAGUGCCACUGCCAGAGUGUCCCACACUGAGAUCACUGCCAGAGUGUCCCACAUCCGGAGGGCAGCAUUACCACUGCCAAUGCAACCGUCACUUCUGGAGUGAACAGAAUUAUUGAGGAAUGUACAUGGAUUUCUGCACAACAAAAACGUCUCUAUAGCGACCCUACACCCUAUUGACAGUGUUGUGGCAGGUGUUUGUAUGUUUGGUCCAACCCCAGUACAGUCCCAUCCUGUUUGUCGUCUUAUAUUUUUAUUGUAACAGAAGCCAUAAAACAGUGGCUGCUCAUUAGAUUCAAUUAUGCUAAAUUGUUCUGUUUAUUAAAAACAGAAUCUGACCAUUAGCUUCAAAGAGAAAAUAAUCUUAAUUGCAGUCUCAGUACCAUAAAAAGGUGAAUUCACAAAGACCUAAUGACUGGGAAAUAUUUGAUCCAUUACGGACCAUAUGGAAGAUGAUUGAUUGCUGUGUUUAAUGAGGAAAUGCUGACAGUACCUGAAAAAGCGCAAGAUAUUUAACUAGGUGCCAUGUUUCCUAAAUGCUAGCAAUAAAUAAAAUAAAGAUUUAGAGUAGCGAUUUGUUACGUUCGCUUGACACUCAAAAUCUCCUUGGAGCCCCCCCCAGCAGUGAUGUAUAAUAACUGUUUUCGGGUGAAGACAGAAAACCUUAAUAACGUGAUUCAAUGUACCUAAAGUUUUCUUCUGCAAAUGAAUCUGCACUAUGAAGACCAGCUAUGUUAUUUUUCUUUAUUUAAAAAGGGAUUUCACAUCUACUUUUUCAUCAGUUGUUGUUUUUGCACAUGCAGAGAUACCAACCAAACCAGGGGUGUCAAACUCAGUAUUACCAAGGAAUGUAUUGUACAGUAAUUUUAUAUUUAAUUUGUGGGCCAGGAAAAGGCAAAAAAAAACAAAGUGUAAUCAAUCAUAGAGAAAGCAUGAUACAGCAGGUAAACAUUGUAAAGCACCGAGAGGUAUGGUACAAUGCAUAUUAAAACAUUCCAAACCAUGGUAAAGUAUCUUACAUGCAUAACCAUAGGAACAUUUUAU